CCUGCCUAAUUUUAUUAAAAAAUAAAGAAAAAAAAAGAAGAAUGACUGGAAGAAAUCAGAUUCAGAUUUAAGCUGAGAUUCAGACAGGAACAUGGAAGUUGACCCAAGCUGGGGUAACAGUAGUACGAUUCAGACUCACCUAAUAAACUCGGACAAGGAAGUAUUUGGCUUUGGGUACAUAUUUGAUUCAUCGGAUCAAUCGAAGGAGACGCGGAUGAACGGAAUUGUUUUGAGCAGUUAAGAGAAAAACAGGAGGAGGGUGGAAGAGAAGUUGAGAAAUGGAGGGAUGGAGAAACGCGUUUCGGGAGGUGUCGAAUUCAAAACCUCUCUUCUUGACUAUCUAUGGAACGGUCAUAGUAGGAGUCCUAGUCUCUGCAUUUUAUGUCUUCUCCGCCAUUUACUCUCCCGUUACUAACUCCUCUUCUUGGUUCUCCUCUAACAUUUCUUCUAAUUUUCAUAACAAAAGUCAACUGCAAAGUUUUUCUGAACCAAAUGCAACCGUGGUACCUACACCUACAUUGCAGCUUCAAGGAAAAUGGUUGAGACCUAUCUGGGAGGCUCCCCCACCGACUGAGAAAAUGCCACCUCUAGAGACCUUUAAACUGACAAAAGAACUUGUCGAGGAGAGGGUGAAAGAUAACGUUAUAAUAGUGACCUUUGGUAACUUUGCUUUUAUGGAUUUCAUCCUUACUUGGGUCAAACACUUGACAGAUUUGGGGCUUUCUAAUCUUCUUGUCGGUGCAAUGGACACGAAGCUGUUGCAGGCUUUAUAUUUGAAAGGCAUUCCAGUUUUUGAUAUGGGCAGCCAUAUGAGCACAGUAGAUGUUGGAUGGGGUUCCCCAACCUUUCAUAAAAUGGGGCGAGAAAAAGUUAUUCUCAUAGAUGCUAUUCUCCCCUUUGGUUUUGAGCUAUUGAUGUGUGAUACGGACAUGGUGUGGCUAAAGAAUCCACUUCCAUAUCUUGCUCGGUACCCGGAUGCAGAUGUCCUAACUUCAAGUGAUCAAGUUGUACCAACAGUUGUCGAUGACAGGUUGGACGUUUGGCAACAAGUUGGUGCUGCAUACAAUAUUGGAAUUUUCCACUGGCGGCCAACAGAAGCUGCAAAAAAGUUGGCAAAAGAGUGGAAAGAAAUGCUUCUGGCAGAUGAAAAAAUAUGGGAUCAAAACGGUUUCAAUGAUAUUGUCCGCAGGCAGCUAGGACCAUCUCUUGAUGGGGAUAGUGGGCUUGUAUAUGCAUAUGAUGGAAAUCUCAAGCUUGGAAUUUUGCCUGCAAGUAUAUUUUGCAGUGGACAUACUUAUUUUGUGCAGACUUCUGAUGUAGAGUUAUACUACUUGGCGAGUUGA